AAGAGGCAGACAUUGCCUCGCUUGGUCAUUGGUCUGUGUAGGAGAAUUGAAGCGGUGAAUACAAGGAGGAGAGGUCAUUGGAGAAAGCUAACAGGGGUGAUAGAGUGGUCUGAGGAUCUUCAACUCAUCUUUUGGGUGUUUCACGUCUUUCUUACGGAAUGUGCUUUACGAAGAGACUACUGGGUCUACCUCAGCAAAGCGUACUUCACAAGAAGCUUGGCAUACGUCUAAUCAUAUCGCUUGCAUAGACUGGCAUGCUGUCACAUCUCGAGUGGAUAUACAAAGCUUUCAUCCGUGGCUGAAUGUGAAACGCUCGGUCAGAACUGGAAAGACGUGGGAGGCAAAUGGGAUUCCCAUAUCAUGCUGUUGGUUCAUCAAAUCUAAAGACACUUUACUAUGAAGCACUUCUCUUCAUGUUUCUAUGAACUGCUUUUUAUACAACAUGCAUGAUGAAAGUUUGUGAAGUCAUUGGAUUGCGAGGAAAGCAAGACCAAAGGUGAUGCUGUGGACCCAGAAUAUGAUGCGUUAAUAAUUUUUACUGGAAAAACUUCACUGCAAGUGUACGUCAGGCUACUAUCAAUAGCUUGGGCAGAUUUUACACUCUACCCUUUGUUUUGCACCCUACAUUUGUUGUAUGAUGCAUGUGCGAUUACAAGACUUUUGCAAAUUGAAAUCAGGAUUUUGUGGCAUUCAGCAGUAGACAUAACUCAAGAACUAAAUUGAUAUUUGACAUUUAUAGUUUUCUAGUAACCAAUUUUUUAUAUGAAAGAACACAUCAUUUUUUUUAUUCAUCUUAUUCUAAUAAGCAUCGUCAGUUAUUCUUCAAGCCUGUCUCACGCUGUGCAUAUUCAACCUUAUGAGGACAUUUGAAGUAUUUGAUAGCUACCCAUAUGCUAGAUAAUCUGUGAGAACUAUACACAACAUUUCCAGUCUAGCUAGUUUUUAUAGUCUCGCUUAAAGAUGGAACUAUCCCUGCCUGACAAUUAUUGAACAGCUACAAAGCAUGACUGAUUUCAGAAAGCCUGGUGCCUUUUUUCUGUCUUUAUGGGCCUUAUUGAUUUUUGCCAUUGCUCAUUUCAUUGGGAAUCAGCCAUGUGAAAGACAGAAGUUACGGCAAAGAAGAUUGAGUUCUUCUUACUGAGACGAGAGGGGACAUCUGCACUGCGUUCAGGACAGCGGAACCUUAUCCAAGUGAACAGGCUCUGGAACAAUGAACCGAUCAGGCCCGAUCGAACCAGUCGCCACUGCAAAUGGCAGCCUCGGCGGUCAUUUCCUCAUGUCCCUAAACCAUUCCUGCCCUGUUGGCUGGGGACAGAACAAGGUCGUGGAGGCGUGCGUCUUGGAGACGGUCGUCAUCGUAUUGCUGACUGUACUCAUCAUAGCAGGGAAUUUGACUGUGAUCUUUGUGUUCCAUUGUGCGCCAUUGUUACACCAUUACACCACAAGCUACUUCAUCCAGACGAUGGCCUAUGCCGAUCUGUUGGUAGGUCUAAGCUGUCUGGUGCCCACCCUUUCUCUACUUCAUUAUCCAGCCGGAGUCCAAGAACCGCUUACCUGUCAGGUGUUCAGCUACGUUAUCUCCGUACUCAAGAGUGUUUCAAUGGCUUGCCUGGCUUGCAUUAGCGUGGACCGCUACUUAGCGAUUACCAAACCCCUGUCCUACAAUCAACUGGUAACACCUUGCCGUCUUCGUUGUUGCAUCGUCCUCAUAUGGAUCUACUCAUGCGUAGUGUUUCUUCCUUCUUUCUUUGGCUGGGGUAAGCCGGGGUACCACGGGGACAUCUUUGAAUGGUGUGCUCACUCUUGGCCCACUUCUGCGUUAUUUACCGGCUUCGUGGUCUGCCUGCUUUAUGCCCCGGCCACCUUAGUGGUCUGUUUCACCUACUUUCACAUCUUUCGGAUCUGCCAGCAACACAACCGUGAGAUCAGCGAACGAAGGGCACGCUUCCCGAGCCAGGAGAUGGAAACUGCAGAAGGGGGUAACCCCACGGGUCACGGGCCAGAUCGGCGGUACGCAAUGGUGCUCUUUCGGAUCACCAGCGUCUUCUACAUGCUGUGGCUCCCCUACAUUUUCUACUUCAUUCUGGAGAGCUCCAAUGUGUUGGAAAGUCCUGCUCUCUCCUUCGUGACCACCUGGUUGGCGAUUAGCAACAGCUUCUGCAACUGCGUCAUUUACAGUCUGUCCAACAGCGUGUUCCGGUUGGGGAUGCGGAGGCUCUCGCAGACGCUCUGCUCUUUCAGCCCCUGCGCUCACGAUGACAAGGACUUCGGAGAGCCAAAACCGAGAAAAAGAGCCAAUUCUUGCUCCAUUUGAAGAUCUGUAGAGGAUUGCUUGGAUCAGUCUUAAGCUGCUAACUGUUGUCAGGAUUUGGUCCAGACUUUUAUUUAAACAUUAACGAAAACUUGAUAGAUUUUUACCAGAUUGACUGUUACACAUGCCAAGCUAGAAAACUCAUCUCUCACAAAAGAAGAAUUUUUGAAGUUAUUGUAUUAUAAACAUUCCCUGUAAAUACUGACGUGACAGCUGCCUUGUUCUUACAAGUUAACAAAUAAAUACAACGUAAACUCAACGUAAUUACAACUUAAUGGUCAUUGGUCACAACCGGUUUGGUUUGCAGUCUUUAGAGAGUUUGUGAGAAAAUGUAAAGCAAAGGUGAAGGUUCGAAGCAAUUGUUUGUUAAAGCUCUCACUCAAUUUAGAGCACACUUGCUAUUUUUAGUCGCAUUACCCAUUUCGUAGAAUUGGUUGUUUUGAUGUUUGUAGAGUUAGUUUGUCACAGCCGUAACCCUACACGGAUGCUUUUCAAAUGGACAAUGGAUUAAAGACCUUGUUGAGGUCUUGAGCUUUGUGACUUUGAAAUUAGCCAGUGUGUUUUCACUUAAAAUGCGGCUAAAACAAAUAAUGUAACGUGGGACCAAUGAAUCUUGUCAAACGCGAUGUAGCAAAGGGUAAAACCAGUCAAUCCAAGUGUUUUUUCAAACCUUUAUUCUAGAUCUGAUGUUUUUGAAGGAAAUCGUGACGUUUCGCACAACAUGGACUACGCCUGCAGCGGUUGUGAACUGUACUUUAGAUGACCAGUGGUGUGAAGCCUUAGCUGUUUGUAAUUAGACCUAUUUGCCUGCAGUGACCCUUUGAGAAACAUGCGACACAGCAUGUUUUAGUUUUCAAUGUUUUCUUUUGCUGAAUCAGCUUGUUUGUUGCUUGUUUUUCACUCUGCUGUAUGAAUGUCUAAAAUCGAUUAAUUUAUCCUAUUUAUGUUUUCUCUGUCUCCUAAAAUUUAUAUUAAAUUGAAGCUAUAUUUACAUUUGUUUAUCUUUAUAGUUUUUUUUAUAAUUUACUUUUUGUUUUUACUGGCUUGAAAGCUGUAGAUAAAGAUAUCAAGUUUUAUUUUUUUAUUGGGUUCUGUCGUCCAAUUAAAUUUUUCAGCAAUUUAUUCUAUUCUUUUACAUCCCCAAAUUUUUACAUUUUAAAUUAUAUCCCCACUAGAGAUGCACCGAUAUAUUGACCAAUAACCAUUUUCGGUCGAUAAAGGCAAUUCUUCACGCCAUCGUCCAAUAGUUUAAAAACAGCCGAUGAUCAGGACCGAUAUAUUUCCCUUCAAUCAAAAUCCGAAUUGGCAAAUGGUACUCUGAAUAAUCGGCUAUCAGUAUCGGUGGAAAAAAUUGAUAUCGGUGCAUCUCUACUCUUUACCUUAUUACAUACUCCCUUUGCUUCUAUUAUGUAAUUAAUUUUAAAUGAACCCUCUGUUUUAAGUUGCCAUAAGCAAAGGUCAUCUUUUGACUUUGCAAAAUAUGAUCAUGAAAGCCAUUAUUUUUAUGAUACAGAUUAUAUAUGGCUGCUGCUUAGGACGGCAUUAGGAGCAACACGUAUUGCUCAUUGUAGGAUUGGUGUGUUAGUCACAUAUUUUAGUUACCUUAAUAUUUGUAAUACUUUACAAUGAUGUUUUAAUUCAUUUACAUUGGUUAAUGCAUCAGGUAUCUACAACAGACCAGUAUUGUUAAUUCAUUGUACCAAUUGCGUUAACCAAUGUUAAUGUAUUACAUUUAUUGUAAAGUGUUACCAUUGUUUAUGAAUUUAAACAAAUUUAAAUGCUGAAUCUCUCAGCUCAGAGUGCAACUAGGAUAGGUGAUGUGCAUUAGAUAAUGAAGAAAAGGCAAAACUUGAAAUUAGCUAUUUAUUUAUUUUUUAAUGGAUGUAAAAAUUAGCUAGUAUACUCUUUGCUACUGAUGAUUGAUGACUAAAAUCAUGAACCCAUGACAUAUCUGAUGAUGUCAAAUUCUAUCGUGAUGUAUGUUUUU